GACUGUUUUUGGCAUCCUACACAAUACAGGAAUGAAAAUGUCUCAUGCAAAGCCGUCCGUGAAUAGACAUUCUAGUCACUUCCAUAAAUAUCCGGAUGGGAGGAGGUGUCAGUGUGAAAGGGGGUCGGCCAGUACGUGCUUAUAAAUCCCAGCUCUCCCAGACAGGACACAACACUCUCCUGAAAACUUUCAGAGCGAGAACUGAAACUCAAGCCAUGGCCGAGAGACGGAUCCCCUUCAGCUUUAUGCACGGCUCAUCCUGGGACCCUUUCCGGGACUGGUACCAGGGCAGCCGGCUCUUCGACCAAACCUUCGGGAUGCCUCCCUUCUCCGAGGAGAUGCCCACUUUCCCGAGCACGCACUGGCCGGGAUACAUGCGCUCCUUCGGACAUCCGGACAUGGCCUGUCUAAUGCAGAGUCCAGCCCAGAUGCCCAUGUCUCCUCCCGCCGCGAUGAUUCCUCCCAACUACGGCCGGGCCUUCUCCCGACAGCUGAGCUCGGGAAUGUCCGAGAUUAAGCAGACUCAGGACGCCUGGAAGAUCAGCCUGGAUGUCAAUCACUUCGCCCCCGAGGAGCUGACGGUGAAAACCAAAGAUGGAGUGGUGGAGAUCAGCGGCAAACACGAGGAGAGGAAGGAUGAGCACGGCUUCGUGUCGCGAUGUUUCACCAGGAAAUACACUCUGCCCGCUGGUGUGGACUCGGAGAAGAUCACGUCCAGUCUGUCUCCUGAGGGCGUCCUGACUAUCGAAGCUCCUCUGCCCAAACCUGCAAUCCAGGGCUCAGAGAUCAACAUCCCUGUGAACACCGGCAGCGGCGCAACGACUGUCAGCACGACAAAGAAACCCUGAGCACUACAGCACACACACACACACACACACUGUAGGUUCGCUAUCUUUGGGACUCUCCAUAGACGUAAUGCUUUUUAUACUGUCCAAAUUGUGUAUUCUGUCCGACCCCUACACACACACACACACACACACACACUGCAUUCCCAUCUCAUUUUAUUAUGUUUUUGAUUUUAAUCAACAGUAUUUGAUUCUCUCUUCUACUCGUAGUACAUCACGACAUGCACAGCAAUCUCUCGAAAACAUGCCCAUAUUUCACCCUCAAAUCAAACGAAAUAUUUAAAAUAUAUAUAUUUUUGACUAAAUAUGGCAAUAAUAUGUUUUCAUGACAAUUAAACAUUUUACCAAAAUUUUACAAUUAAAAUUAUAUAUUGUCUAGACUAGAGGAACCAUACAACAAUAAAAAUGAGAUUUUUGUUUUGCACUACAAUAAUGUGAGAAUUUAAAAAAUUGGCCAUUUUUAUGCAAGAUUUUUUUUUUCUUUUGAUUGUGAGAUGAAUUAUGGACAUUUCUUCAGGAUUUUUACUGCUGGUCGUCUUACACCUUUUCAAGUAAACACACUGCGAGCCACAAUAAAAAUAAUGGUUGUUUUCAUGAUCGUAUUCAUUGUUUUCAUCUGCUUCUGUUGUUAGCUAUUAGCUAUGUUAACCAGUAGUCAAACACUGUAGCGGUUUAGCGAUAGACAUCCUUUUAAAAACCAAUCUGACUCCAUAUUAAACUUUUAACUGCCUCAUGAAUUAUUGAUGCCUUUCUGAGGCAUUACAUAAUGCUCUACAGUACUGUAAUAAAGGCUUUCCCAUCAUGAGCUAUUCUAAUGCUGGAAUUGGGAAUAAACAACUUCAA